GACAACGUGUUGAUGUUGAAUAUACUGUACAGAAAAAUACAGGCUUAUAUGGGAAUUUAUGUCUGAUCAGGCAUGUUUUGACAUCAUAGUUGCAGGCAAAGUGCUAAAGUUGUGUGUUAUGGAGAUAUCAGAAACAAUAUGCUCUUCUUAAUGAAGCUGAUAAUAAGGAUGUAAUUAGAAUCAGAGAGCACCUGUUUCAUAUUCAUUCUGAAAGCACAGUAGAGGGGAGAGGUUUACCAAUCUCUCUGUCAGACAGAUGAAGAGGAUACUUUAAUGGCACUAAAAGUGUAGUUGAUUCUGAUUAAAUUAAGCAGUUGGAAGAACAUUUACCUGUUUAUACACAGAAAAGUUAUGAAUCUAUUAAAGAAAACAAAUUUUCGGCUAAGAUGGGGAUUGAAAGAAUCUGACAGUUGAAAUAAUUCUUUGACUUGGAAAUCAUAUGUCUGUUGAAUAAAAAAGUCUUUAUCUUUCAGUAACUUAGAUAUUUCCAUUAAAUUUGUUGAUAAAUUCUCAGAUCUGGAUCUUAUAAAUUUACGCUUUUACAGUGGAGUGGGAUCUGUUUCUGACAUCACACAACCAUUUCCCGUAGCUGUUGUUUUUAUAUGUUUCAAUCUUGCUGCCGUUUGAUUGCUCCGUUUGAUUGCUCCGUGUACCUGUGUAUUCUGGGAAGGGGUGUCCGAGAGAGGGUGAUAAGUUAGAUCCUGUAUCAACUUUUAUCCUGCAGUAUUAACUCUUUAGAUGAAUCUUCCUCCAGAUUGAUCUGAAAAACUAUGUGAUGAUAGAUGAGAUUACAAGACUCUAUCAAUGGUUAAAGUUAUAUAUGGCAGCAGCAGUUAUUCCUGAUUCUGAAAUACAACUUUACUGAGAAGAGAAUCAUUUUGUGACUUGAAAAACAGAAUUGGUGCUCAAAGAUUUCAAAAACAGAUUUUUGAGAAAUUCUUAUGGAUUAUAAUUAAAAAAAGAAGAUAUUAUUGGAAGCCUACUGUUCAGAAGGUGUUGCAUGGUUAUCUUUUAGGAGUUUGGAUUAUACAUUUAAAGAUAGCAUCGAUUAUCAUGGCCUUUAUCUUUGGGGGAGAGAAAUAUGGAUGAUGGUAUUGCACAGCUACAGAGUUGGUGUUUAUAUUACUACCUGACUACACACUCGGUGAAAAAGAGAAUAUCUUAUGCACCUUUGUAGACUCAUUAUGUAAGAGCCAGACAGCAGGAGAAACCAAUUCAAUCUGUUGUUUUUGCUAAAGGAUACUGAUAUAUUUUUGUGGGGGAUUAUUAUCUCUGGAAUUUGGUGUGUGCAUAUUUCUCUGUUAUACUCCAAACAUUUCCAAUGAAAAUCAUGUCCUGGAUGUCCUCUUUUGUUUCUGGUACAGAUGCCACCAGAAACCGACCCCCCACUCCAGAUUUUCCUGUGGUGUUACCGCCAAACAUAUCUGGACCAAGUAAUCUUUCCAUCCAACAAAAUGACCGGCAGCAUGUUUCAGCACCAAGCACACCCACAGAGACCAACUCCCUGACUAGACAGAACUCCCUCCCACCUACCCAGGGACAUGGACCAAAUGCCAUUUCUGUCAACAGACAGAACACAAUACCAAGAACCAGCCAAAGACCAGUACUGCAGAAUGGCAUCAUCAGAGUUCGUGGAAGAUCCUCCACCCCAGAUAGAGUGUCCCCAGGAAUUCCUCCCACCCCAGUCACUCCACCUCCUGGAUAUGCCCCAUCACACAUCAUGCAGGUAGUACCACCCUCCCCACGGGCAGUUAGGAGAGGGAUUAAGGUUCUGCCUGGAAGCCCAGGGGUAGGGAGACGCCCCCCUACACCUGAUGAGUCUGUCAUACAGGACCUUUCGUGGCUUGAGCAUCACUCAGUGUGGACAGACAGGCAAGAUUACAAAAAGGAACAGCCCAUCUUCACAACGAAGGCACAUGUAUUCCAGAUUGAUCCAGACACCAAGAAGAACUGGAUCCCAGCAAGUAAGAGUGCUGCCAGUGUUUCGUACUACUAUGACACGACACGGAAUACUUAUCGCAUCAUCAGUGUGGAUGGAUCUAAGGCCAUCGUCAACAGCACCAUCACCCCGGGGAUGACCUUUACCAAGACGUCACAAAAGUUUGGCCAAUGGUCGGACCCCAGGGCUAACACCGUGUACGGUCUGGGAUUUCCCUCCGAGCAAGAGCUACAGAAGUUUAUUGAAAAAUUCAAGGAAGUGAAGGAGAUGACACGUCAGGUGGUCAGCCAGACUCCUCCCACUCCCCCAACAGCCAAUCAGAACUCUACCUCACAGGUGAACGGGAAUGAGGAGUCACACCCCUCCUCCUCCUCCAAGCACGCAAAUUCCUCUCAACCAAGACAAUUCUUGCAUCACAGAAGCUCUAGUUUGUCUGCCAUGCAGGGCACAGAGACAUCUAAACAGGAUGUCAAUCUGAGAGAGAGGAGGAAUUCUUUCAAUACCCCAGGCUCUCCGAACAACAGUUCUAACAAUGCCUCAGAGAGUCAACUCAAAUACGAAAAUGAUCGACUUAAGUUAGCAUUAGCACAAAGUUCUACUAAUGCCAAGAAAUGGGAGGUAGAGUUACAGACCCUGAAGAACAACAAUGCUCGACUGACGGCAGCACUUCAGGAGAGCACCACCAAUGUGGAGGAGUGGAAAAAACAACUGGCUGCUUACAAGGAAGAGAGUGCCAAAAUGAAGAAAAAGAUUGUAGAAUUAGAGAAGAGACAAAGUGGGUCAGAACAGGUGGCCGCCUUACAGACUGAGUUACAGCAGCUCACAGAGAGGUUAGAGAGAGUUCAACUGGAUAACCAGGACAAACAAGAUGAAAUUAACCAACUUAGUCUUCGACUUAGCGAGCUAUCAGCCAGAGAAACACAAAGUUCUACAAUGCAAAAUAGAUGCAAGAAAUUAGAAGAAGAGAAUGAGCAUUUAUCAUUGAAGCUGGAAGAUCUUCAGAGACAACUGACAGAGAGAAACAUGUCACAUGAUCAAGAAAGUUCUGAGUUGCUUCGUCUGGAAGAUCAACUCGGCAGUAAAGUGACAGAACUGUAUGAAAUCCACGAGCAAAUUGUUUCACUUAUACGAAAGGAAUCUCACAGCUGAUAGCUGGUUGUCUCUCUUAGUCAUAAUCCAUUAAGAAUUGACAAAGAUUUUACUUUUAUCCAAGAGUAAAUGCUCCUCCACAUGUAUUUCAGUGAUAUUGACCAAAGGAGCUUGUUUUGUGGGAAUGUAUAUUUUUAAUGUGGGAAUGAACAGAAGAUCUGAGUUAUGUUUCUUUGUUUUGACUUUUCUUUCGAGAAGAUAUUUUUGUUGAAAACUGGUAUGAAGUUUUCCUUUUGUUGUAUGUUUACAAUCAAGUUUGUGCCGUGUAAUUAAGACUGCACAGAAUCUAAAGCAUAGUCUUAUCUUCCUGUAAAUUAUUUAACAUUUUAUAUAAAUAACCUUUAUAAUCCAAUUCAAUUUUUUAUUAAAAGAUCUAUAUGAAAUGUUGUUAUAGAUUGAAAUGUUUGAAUCUUUUACUUGUGUGUUUUUAUCAAAUCAUUUGGUUUUUAAUAUUUGCCAUGUGUAUAAAAGGCUUUUUUCUUGGCAAGCUAAGCAGUUGUGUGUUGUUAGAUGCUUCAGUGUUUGUAUGGUUGUGUUGUAUUCUGUAUUGCCGCAUUGUAUAUUAAGGGCAGCAGUGCAAGUUAUUUUGUAUUUUUUUUUCUCUUAUCCAGCCAAAUUUUAACCAGUGUUGUGAGACUUAAGAUUUAUGGAAUUUUUGACAGGAAAUCACUGAUUUCCCCAGGUGCUUGCUUAUAUGCAUUAUCUGUAAUUGUCCAUUACAAUAAUAUAAGGAUCUGGUUGUUGUGUUCUUUGUUUUCUGGAUCUGUUCAACAUUAUAUAAUUCUGAACAAUUAUAGAGAUUCCACUAUUUCUUUUUAAUAUAUGUACUUAAAGUUAUUGUUGUCUUCUCAUUUUCAGAAAACUGAUUAAUUUAUCAUACUGCAUUAUCAGGACAGAGAGAAAAAAUGCUAUGCAAGUCACUCGAUUAAUAUACUGAUAUUUUGGUAUCAUUAACCAACAUUAGUGCCUUCUUUCUGCUAUCAAUACCUUUUUAACAUUGAAUCACUUAAUUGUUAAAUGUCAACAUUUUUCACGUUUUCAAUCCGUCCAAAAAAAGAACGGUGGCUUGCUGAUGAGGGUGAAGGGUUUAUAUAGAAUUAUUUAAAUAAUGAAUACUGUAUACGAGUGUCGAGAGCUGUGCUAAUUAACAGUUUGUUCACUGUUGUAGUUCUGUAUCAUUCAAACCAAAUUUUAAUGUUAGAUGGAAAUUCAUUGUACUCCUCUGAAAUGCACUUUUGUACAGUGUUCUGUAAAAUGUCUUUUGCUGGAACCGUUGUCAUAGUGUUUGAAUUGGUCUCGACAUUUUGUGAGCAUUAACUACAGGCUUGUAAACACAUAUCACACAUUUAAAUUGUAUCAACUAUAUGUGCUUGUUAUAAUCCUAGGUAAAAUGAUACAUCAUUUUAUGCAUAACUGUUCAUUUGAUAGGUUAACUAGUGAAAACCAAAGAUAACAGUACAUAAAAAAUACCUGUUGAUAUUAAUACUUUCUAGACAAAAUAUGUAAAGUAGUUCUUGAUCAAUCAAGGGAGUGGUCAUUGUACUCAGGGAGAAUUAAGGAAGUUCAAAUAAACCGGAUACAGUAUUGCAUGACAAUGCUACUGUAAAAUGAACAAGGAUAUUUGAAUUAUUUAACUGGAAAUUGCCUUCAAAAAUUUUUGAAGGUUUGAUUAAAAAGCCUGUGACCUUAAAUUUUUACCUAAUGUCAGCUUUCAAGGUUAUGUAUUUUGUUGCCUUGUUAAUUGUCAUUAUUUCAUUAAAAAGUUGUUUUACUUAUUAAUUGCCCAUCAUCCUAAUGUAUGCAAUAUUUAUAUACACAUGUACUAUAUGAAAUAUAUACUCAUUAAUGAAAUGAAUAAAAUAAAGUAAAAUCCACAA